AGUGUGGUUGUAGAGGUGGAAGUGGUGGUGGUGUUUGGGGGGGGGGGAGGUGAAGAGAAACAGCUUCUCGGCUGUUGUUGUUGUGACAGUGGAAACAGAAUCUUUCUUUAAUUGUAACCAAGACUGCACCAUGUCCACCUCGGAUACCAGCUCCAACGUAACAUAGCGGCAAAACCCCUCUCUCUAUAUACAUACAUAUAUAUAUAUCUUAUAUAUUUGUGUAUAUAUUUAAGUAUAUAUAUAUAUAUAUAUCUAGGCACAAACACAUGUAUGAUUACACAUACGUAAAUAACGGGAGAACUACAACUGUAUAUAGAUAUACACACUGGACAUAAGAAGAGGCACAAUGCCUGAAGUUUUGGGGACAGGAACACGUUGACCCCAGCUCUCAGUUGAUACUUAAUUUUACCAACUCUGGUGGAAUAUUAAAUUCAGAACAUGAAGGAAUGCAACUCAACAACACUUGGCAUUUGGUCCGCCAUUUUACCGAACUUCUAAUAAGGGUUUCAGAUGUUGGCACAGGGGCAGCAGGCUUUGAGGGGAGGGGCAAAUCGUUUACAUCGACCCAGUGUUCAACUGGUACUUAUUCUAUCAACUUCGAAAGGAUGAAAGCUUGAAAGUCUGCCCAAGAAAUUCUUCAGUGAACAAUCCAAGAUGAGACAGCAGAAACGAGUACCUUGUUGCAGUAAUUUGGUCUUGAAAUACAUGUUUCUUGUAUUUAAUUUUUUCUUUUGGAUAUCUGGCAUUGUGUUGUUGGUAAUAGGAAUCUGGUUGGUGCGAGAGAAGCACCAUUAUAUCGAACUGCUGGACAAUAACUCCUUCCCUGUGGCCACCUACCUCCUGAUAGCUGCUGGGGCCAGCAUAUUGGUCAUUGGUCUCCUUGGAUGUAUCGGCGCCAUUAACAAUGCCAGCUUACUUCUAUUGAUUUACUCGAUGUUCCUUUUGGUUAUUUUCCUCCUGGAGGUCAUAGCUGGAACGGUGGCCUGUAUGUAUGGUGACUCGAUGAAUGCUGAGCUGAAGAAGAGUCUGAACCACACAAUGCUGGAGAGUUACAGAUACAACAGAGAAAAGACUGAAGCCAUUGACAAGAUGCAGAUUACAUUUCACUGCUGUGGUGCUGGUUACUACAAGGACUGGCGGGCAAGCAGAUGGCUGCGGUUAGACAAAAAUACAGAGAAUAAAACGCCUGAUAGUUGCUGUAGAACCCCGAGUGAUGGAUGUGCCAAGAGGGAUCAUCCUUCAAACAUCUACCACAAGGGCUGCGCUAGAAAAUUGGAAGAAUUUUUCCGAGACAAUCUCUAUAUAAUUGGAAGUGUUGGUCUCGGUUUGUGUUGUUUACAGAUAAUCGGAACAGCGUUAGCAUGUUGUCUUAUGCAACGUGUCAAAUGGGGAACAAGGCUGCAAUAAUUGGGUGCAGCGUUGCACAACAUUAGAUCUUUUGCUGCAUCAUGCUGAACUGCAUCAACACAGAACUAUAUAUGCAUACCACUAAUAUACACAUGCACAGACAUGGUGUUAUAUAUAUAUAUAUACACACACACACUCCCUCAAUGUCUCUCAGACCUACAUAUAUACAUACUGCUUAUACACACUAAUUAACAACACAUCUCUGACUAUAUAUAUAUAUCAUUUCACUUAUAUACAUAUGCAUGCAAGACCACAUACAUACCCCAAUCCAUAUGUAUAUAGACAUACACGCAUAUACAUGCAUACACACAGAGAGACAAAUAUAUAGACAUGUGCAUGUAUACAGAUGUCUGUAGAGAAAUAUAUAUACAUGCAAUUUGGAUUUAAAAAUGAGAGACAACAAAAUACUCAAUCGGAUUUGGAAGAUGGAACCUGUCUGAGUUGUUUCUGUGAGUUUGGCCGUUUCCAUUCCAGGAGAGAUGCACGAAAUGCAGAGUAGUCACCGAAUAUAUAUAUAUAUAUGUAAUAUAAAAGUAUUGUAGAUAUAAUAUAAACAAUAUUGUAUGUGUGUUGACACUGAUUCAAAAAUGAGAAAAAAACCAAAAACCUUGAAUUUGCUUGGCAGACAGCCAUUGAUAUAAAAAUGUGGCAUGAAAGCCUCACAAUCAUCAUUCUUGAUAUACAUUUCUACAGCAAACACAGUGUGUGCACUGGGCCCUGGAUCAUCCAUGAUAGAAACUGAAAUGAAAUAAUGGUAAAACAUUAGCUACAUGAAAAUACUCUUACCACAUGUCGAGCUUUUAUUUGUGCUUCACUAAUGACAAGUGCAGCCAAGAUUUUUUUUUUUUGCUGCACUUUGGGGUGUAUGUGUAUAAAUUGGUUUUAUGUUUUUUUUCUUUAUAUAUGUGUAUAUGCACACACAGUUGGUUUCCUUCAGCUUCUGUCUCCCUGAUUUACUCACAAAGUCUAGAAAAGACACUUGCCCUAGGUGCCAUGCUGGGGGACCUGAAAUACACUUUGUAACCACCGUCAUCCUCCCCCUUCUUCAUUAAGUCAUAUAUAUAGGUGUGUGUGUGUGUGUGUGUGUAUAUAAAAUCUUUGUGAUUUAAGGACGAUUUGUCUGCUGUUGGUAAAGAGGGAACUGGUCCUGAAGAGCAGGGUUUCACAGCCCUUAUACUAACAAAGAUCCCUUUUCUUUAAACUAAUUUUCCCAUCGACCCAACCUUUUGAAAGAUAUUUGUCUUCUUAACAAAACAAUUUUGAACUUUGCACAUGCCCACUCCUCAUAGUCCAGUGGAUUAAUAUGAAGAUGUAACAUGGUAACAUGUUAGUCCGUCAACCCAUUGAUAAAUGGUUCAAGUCCUCCUAUGGUAGUAUCAAUUCCAAAUAUUGUUUCAUACAGUUCUAUAUUUAAGAAAUGAAGAAUUAUUUACAUUAUUUACAUUUGACGGAUAUUUGUCCUCAUCUUGUUAACGCAUUUCGGAUGAUAUACCCUCCAGCCUUCAUCAGGUGUCUUGGGGAAAUUUCAUACCUGGGUUCUCAUUCCAAGCACUGACCUGAAUAAUAAUAAUAAUAAAUACCUUAGGAAUGAGAACUCAGGUUCGAAAUUUCCCCAAGACACCUGAUGAAGGCUGGAGGGUAUAUUAGCCGAAACAAGAUGAGGACAAAUACCCGUCAAAUAUAAAUAUUGUUUAUAUUAAGAUUUAGUCGUUAACCUAUAUUAAAUAUUUGUUUUAUUUCAAUGAACUUAUUGUUUUGCUCUCUACGUUCUACACCCAUCAUUCAACUUUUAGUUGUAGAAUUCAUAUAUAUAUAUACACACACCCAUCCACAGUUUCUGUCUCACAAAUUCACUCACAAGGGGGUCUUAGUAAAUCCGGGGUUAGAGCAGAGGACCCCUGGUCUUUAUGCCAUGCAGACAGAUUGAACUCAAAACCACAUCAGCAGCAUUAAGGAAGCAAUUAACCCUUAUUUCACUGUUAGCCCCUUAAUUUCAUUAUUGUUUCAUUUACCAAUCAUUUUUCUUUGUUAUUUUUAUUUCUCAGUUUUAACUAAAAAUCAAUAUAAAUUCAAUAAAUUAAUUUAUUUUCGUUGUA